AUGCCAGUUCUCGCCAACUUUCGCAGAAAACUUUCACGAACCAAGUCCGCACCUGACCCAGUUGAAGUAGUGGAAGAGAAUCGGGCCAAAUUGCAGCCAUGGCCCAGCAAAGCAUUAUCUUUGACACCCUCGGACGAACAGCUCGUCUCGAAACUGGCUUUCACUCCCGACACAGCAAUUAUCGAACGACCACCUCGCCAACAGACCCCCUCGGUUGGGACGAGGUGGUCCGAAAGGACAAUCUUCAACAAUGUCGAGUCGGGCUUUCUGUCACUGCCGACAGAGCUAUUGAUGUUUCUCCAGCAAUACUUGAACCCCAGCAGCGAGGUCGCUCUCCGUCAUAGUUGCUCCAGGUUCUUUCAUCUGUACAGCACACCAUCUUUUGUCUUGACAGGGAAAGAGCUGUUCGAUUUUCUCUGCAUGACUGAACGCGAUCAGGACCCCGCUGAACUGGAUAGGUUGGUGUGCGGCAAGUGUCAAACGCUGCAUAUCCGGUCUACUUUUCCUAUCCCAGAGAUCAAGCAGGAACCCACCUUCCGAGAUUGCAGACAGGUCUGGUUAUGUCCGCACCGUCACUUUGGUUACCAGAAGACGAUCCGCAACAUCAAGGCCGGUGUGGAGUCGCCAUUUCGGGUUGAGACGCUUGAACCCUGUUCGAGGUGCAGAAACUCCAUUCGCAACCGGUCUGUUGCUGACCGACCGGAGAAAGGCACCUCAGUCAUGGAUUUGGAAAAUUCAAAAGCAGAAUCUCUUUUGAUCUCCAAAGUUGCCCUCCUUCAAGCGCCGUCGCCUCUAUACAACACAAGAACAACCGGUGGUAGUGGCAUGUACAAAGAAGUGUUUCAGGUCAAGGACGUUUCAAGCGCGCUCCAAGCGAUCGAUUUCCGGCUUUGCCCUCAUUUGAAGCUGGGUGACCCCUACAUCCUUAGCAAAUUUUGCAGGGCAUGCAUUAAUACCCAGCGCCUCCCACCAGGGGUCAAGGGCCCACCGUGUAUCAACGAGUCAAAGCGAGAGUUUAGAGACGGCCGCGCUGGUGCAAGGUGUAAAGGCACCUGCUUUACUCGAGGUUGCAAGACACAAUUUAUGUUUCAGGCUCGUGAAAGUCUUUCACCUGAUGCAUCUGGGAGACGACAAGUUUGGCUCAUUGUUGUCAUCUAUCGCUGGCUUGGUCCACUCCUGACCGCUGGACGGGAUGCAACCUGGACUGCCCAUGCUACCGAUCAUCAAGAACGGAAGGAGAUGCGCGUGAAAUGGGCAGAAUGGGAAAAAUCAAAUCGAUCUGGAAGACAAUGCAUGCCGAACUGGAGCAUAUGCCUUCUUCAUCCAGAAGACUCGAAUUUACGAUAA